GUGUAUGCCCGGAGUGCUGGGCGCGGUCCCGUCACUUCAGCAGCUGGUGACAGGAGUUGUUGGUCUUCCUCUGCAGGUCAGAGCCCUCGCCACUGACACGAUGUCCGGGUUUGUGGAACGCAUCCCCCGCCCUCCUCAACCAAAGGGAGCAGCUCUAGGAUUUUCAAAGUUGUUUGCUUGCGCCAUUCCUGUUGCUCAGAUCGCAAUAGGGUCCGUGUAUCUGGAUGACUGUCCGGUGCAGCACUACAUCCCCAUCUACUUGAUCGUGUCGGGGGUUUUCGGCCUGAUGCUGGCGCUGCUCACCUGCAUGCCCUUCUCCCAGCAGCCCGAAGACGGCCCUGCCAGCCCGAUCAAUCGAGUCUGCGUCACGUGGAACUCGUUGUCGUCCUGCUUCCUCUUCUGCUGGUUCAUCGCCGGCAAUGUGUGGAUCUACUCUAUUUACCAGCCCGAAUACACAAAGAACUCAACGAACGUGGACGUUUACUGCGACAAGACGCUCUACCUGUUCGCCUUCUGGAUCACGACUCUGUUCUACAUCCUCUUCGGCGCGGUCCUGGUGUGCGGCUGCUGCGUUAUGGUCUGCUUCUGCCUGUGUGGCCGAGCCGACGCCGACGACAACGUCUAGAGACUUUUGCCGGGGGGUGCACGUGUAACCGUAACAAGACGAAUCCGUUCAAUCACCUGUGUUGUGGCAGCUCUGAUAGACACAAGAGUAACUCUGAAGAUUCUACAGAUUUUGAACACUGAUUACAAAUAAAAAUUCCUAAUCGCAGAGCCCUCCCUCAAUGUCUCUCCCAGUGUAUGAUUUGUUUAUAUGUGAAGCCGGAAAAUGAGGCUCAAGCUUUGUACAUGAUGAAAUGAUUAAAUGGCUGUUCUGUGUGUAAA